CGCUCUGCGUCUGCGCGCAGUUCAUUCAAAGAAGUGAAGAGUCCGAGACCCCAAAAAACCGCAUCCAGUGCAGUGCUCAAGAGGGUAACUCAGAAAAACCCUAGAAGGCAGUGACCGAAAACUAUUGUGAGCCGAAGUCAGUGUUUUUUAAUGUGCAAUAAAAGCUGGUAAAGAAACGUUUAAGCUUAAUAGCACUCAAGUUUUUAUCUUCUUCGAGCCAUUGAGCAAUUCUCCCGGAGGCAUUUUCGUUAAGGAAUAAACACUUAAUUCAAUAUUUAAAACAUAAAAGGAAACACGACACCAAACCACUGGACUCUACGAUCUCUACCAACAUGUCCGCCAGCCCCUCAUCCUGCGAUUGCUUGGUGGGCGUGCCCACCGGACCCACCCUCGCCUCCACCUGCGGCGGCAGUGCCUUCAUGCUGUUCAUGGGCCUACUGGAGGUGUUCAUCCGGUCGCAGUGCGAUCUGGAGGAUCCCUGCGGUCGGGCCAGCUCUCGGUUUCGAUCGGAGCCGGACUACGAGUACGAUUUCAUUGUCAUUGGCGGCGGCUCAGCGGGCUCCGUGGUUGCCUCUCGACUCUCCGAGGUGCCGCAAUGGAAGGUGCUGCUGAUCGAAGCCGGUGGCGACGAGCCUGUGGGCGCCCAGAUUCCCUCGAUGUUCCUCAACUUCAUCGGCAGCGACAUCGACUACCGCUACAACACGGAGCCGGAGCGGAUGGCCUGCCUGUCCUCGAUGGAGCAGCGCUGCUACUGGCCACGCGGCAAGGUGCUCGGCGGCACCUCGGUGAUGAACGGCAUGAUGUACAUCCGUGGUAACCGCGAGGACUACGACGAGUGGGCGGCCCAGGGCAAUCCGGGCUGGGCCUACAACGACGUGCUGCCGUUCUUCAAGAAGUCGGAGGACAACCUGGAGCUGGACGACGUGGGCACCGAGUUCCAUGCCAAGGGCGGCCCGAUGCCCGUCGGCAAGUUCCCGUACAACCCGCCGCUGUCCUAUGCCAUCCUGAAGGCCGGCGAGGAGCUGGGCUUCUCCGUGCAGGACCUCAAUGGCCAGAACUCCACCGGCUUCAUGAUUGCCCAGAUGACGGCCCGCAAUGGCAUCCGGUACAGCUCGGCCAGGGCCUUCCUGCGCCCGGCCCGCAUGCGCAACAACCUGCACAUCCUGUUGAACACCACGGCCACCAAGAUCCUCAUCCAUCCGCACACCAAGAACGUGUUGGGAGUGGAGGUCAGCGACCAGUUCGGCAGCAUGCGCAAGAUCCUCGUGAAAAAGGAGGUGGUCCUCAGUGCCGGAGCCGUCAACUCGCCCCAGAUCCUGCUGCUGAGCGGCGUGGGACCCAAGGACGAGCUGCAGCAGGUGAACGUGCGGACGGUGCAUCACCUGCCGGGCGUGGGCAAGAAUCUGCACAACCAUGUGGCCUACUUCACCAACUUCUUCAUCGACGACGCGGACACGGCGCCGCUCAACUGGGCCACGGCCAUGGAGUACCUGCUCUUCCGGGACGGCCUCAUGUCCGGCACCGGCAUCUCGGACGUCACCGGCAAGCUGGCCACCCGCUGGGCCGACCGGCCGGACCAGCCCGACCUGCAGCUCUACUUCGGCGGCUACCUGGCCAGCUGCGCCCGCACGGGCCAGGUGGGUGAGCUGCUCUCGAACAACUCCCGGGCCAUCCAGAUCUUUCCGGCGGUGCUGAACCCACGGUCGCGUGGUUUCAUCGGUUUGCGCUCCGCCGAUCCACUUGAACCGCCGCGCAUCGUGGCCAACUAUCUGACCGAGGAGCGCGAUGUGAAGACCCUGGUGGAGGGCAUCAAGUUCGCCAUCCGGCUGGCGCAGACCUCGCCGCUGAAGCAGUACGGCAUGCGGCUGGACAAGACGGUGGUCAAGGGUUGCGAGGCGCCCGUAUUCGGCAGCGACGCCUACUGGGAGUGCGCCGUGCGGCAGAACACGGGUCCGGAGAACCACCAGGCGGGCUCCUGCAAGAUGGGCCCCAGCCAGGACCUGGCCGUGGUCAACCACGAGCUGCGGGUGCACGGCAUCCGUGGCCUGCGCGUCAUGGACACCAGCAUCAUGCCCAAGGUCACCGCCGGCAACACCCAUGCCCCGGCCGUGAUGAUCGCCGAGAAGGGCGCCUACCUGCUGAAGCGGGCCUGGGGCGCCAAGGUCUGA